UCGUCGGACGUAUCGAGGGACCACUGCAACAAGACGGUGGACAUUUUCGAAGACAUCAGCUCGCCGGAGGUCAGCAAUCAGAACGUGGGACGUCCGCUGACCUGCUGGUACCGCUUUCGAACCCUGAAAGGAGCUCCCCGCGACUUUGUGCUGCGUCUGCGGUUCAAGAAGUUCAAAGUGGGUCAGCUGCUGAACGCGACCCACUGCGACGGCGGCUAUUUGCAGAUUGUUGAUGGCAAUGCCAAGACGGAUGUCUCGAAUCGCAGGGAGCCAGGAAUGUUCUGCGGAGAGGCGGAACAGCCGCAGACAUUCAUCAGCGAGACCAGCUAUGUGAAGGUCCUCUUCCACACGGACAACUUUACGGAUCAGACCUACUUCACAUUCGAUUCACGCGCGGAACAACAAACCGAAGUCUAUCUGCGAUAUGGCCAACAUCCGGAAUUAUAUCCAAAUCGUCGCGGCGAAGUUGUCCAAGGAUCCUAUUGCGAACGAGAAUAUCGGGAUUGCCGCCUGCAGACCUGCUAUGUUCAAUCCCCUGCGUAUCCUGGCCUAUAUCCUCGGGCCCUGAACUGUCGCUAUAAGCUGCACACCCGCCAGCCGUAUAUUAAAUUGUAUCUGCAGAAUGAACAGUUCGCUGUGGAUGGCCAGAGAUGUGAGAAUGUGAUGACCUGUCCGAUCAGACCGAUUGGUUCGGGUAAUGAGCACUGUCCCUACGACUGGCUGGCCGUAUACGAUGGACGCGACGAGCACUCGCCGUUGAUAGGAAAGUUCUGCGGCCUGGGCAAGUUCCCAUUCAGUAUUAUUGGCACAUCACAAUACAUGUAUGUGGAGUUUGUGACAUCGCCGGCGGGUCCGCUGCUCAAUACAGGCUUCCAUUUCAACGUUGGCAACUGGCCAGGACAUGUGGAGACGGCCGGGAUCAAGCACGGCGUCUGCGAUUGGCUCCUGAGCUCCGACUCUUUAAAAGACAGCAGCGCCAGCGAGGGCAUCUUCCUCAGCAUCGCCCACUGGUAUCCGCCGAAUACGUCCUGCAGCUACCACAUCAAAGGACAUGUCGGCGAAAUUGUGCGCCUCUAUUUCCCCAGUUUCCGCAUCAAUCGCAUCGAAUCUCCGAUCUUGAAGUACGAAGGUGACUGCGGGGAAUCGCUGACCAUCUACGAUUCGGACCACGCCGAUCCCGCGCGUAUCAUCAAGACCUUCUGCGACACCUUCUCCCGGCCAAUGGAGAAAGUUGACUUCGUGAGCACCAGUCCCUCGCUGUACGUUCAAUUCGACUCGAAAACAGGCAGCUACAGCGGCAGCUCACUGUACUACUGGGCGCACUACGAUUUCUUCAACAACACUCGCUUCGGGGAUCCUGUACCGAACACCCUUUGCGAUGAGGUGAUGUAUGCCUGGAAGCACCCAGGUGGUCGUCUUCGAUCCCCCCUGAAUUCCUUGAUUUUUAAGCGAACUGGGGGUAGUGAUGUCCGCUGUCAGUAUAAAUUUGUCACGGAUCGAAGGCUAUAUGCUCGAGCUAUUAUCGAAGUGAAUGCGGUGUCCUUCAAGGAGCUGCCCUAUAACAGCAAUGCCUGCACUCGGUGUCACGAGGAGCGAGUGGAUAAGUUGGUGAUUUGGGAGGAGCGGGAUAAAUAUCAGAAUAACCUGGCCUGCUUUUGCGAUAAUAUCCCGCGGGCGGUGAGAGUUAUAUCGUCGGCGGAUCAGAUGAAUCUCGAGAUGAUUGUGCAGGGCCAGCAUGCCAUUACAUCGUACUUCAAGAACCCCAAUCCCCUGUUCGAAGCAACCUACGAGUUUGCCCACGGUCCUUUGUGUGGACCCAUUACCCUGGGUCCCUCGCCCGAUGGCGAGCUGGUGUUUCCCUACAAAAAAGCACUGGCCAUGGUUUCGGGACCCAUGGCACCGCCAGAGCAUCAUUAUCGCCGGGAAAAGUGCAUUUGGGAACUGAAAGUGGCCGCCCAGCGAGAUUUGUGGCUGAACCUGGAGAAGGCUCGCUUUGCGGAUCGCAGCUGCGAAAGUGCCAAGAUUGAGGUCUAUUUGGCGGGACGUCUAGAGCCCCGAUUUGUGGUCUGCCCGGAGAAUAUUUCCCUUGCCAGGGAUUUACCCAUUCUAACCACCGCUGAACUGGGAGCCACGGGUGCCGAUCAGGAACCCCUGCCCGUGCUUAUCCAAUACACGGGAGAUGGUCAGCCGGGACGCAACAUCUUCCGGCUUGUGUGGACGGAACUCUUCCACCUGCCCCGCAAUCCCGAUGGCAGUUUGGCCGCCUCACUGCUCCAAGACGGCGGCUGCGAUUUCCGAUGUCCCGGCGACACUGAAGUCUGCAUUCCCAAGCAUCUGAUCUGCAAUGGAAUAGCCAAUUGCCCGAAUGUGACGCACACUUCGACCUUGUCGCAGCUUACCCGACAUAUCGAGUGGAAUCUGGAGCAACUGGGACUCCUCCAUCAUGCUGGCGAGUACCAGCAGUUGGUGCUGCACGAUGAAUCACCCGAGAUCUGCCUGAGACGCGAUCUCAGCGAACUGCCAUAUGGAAAGUUGGCUCUGAUAACCGUGGGACUGUGUCUCAUGUUUGCCCUGCUCUUCGCCAUUUUGAGGCGAAUGUGCAGAAGGUCCUCCCAGCAGCAAGGAAGACAUCAUCUGCAAGAGGAUUACUAAGAAAAAUUAUUUUAGAAAAUUUAUUUUAAAUGUUUAAACUUUUUAAACAUUUCUUACUACAAGACCGAUAAUUAUAUUGUAACUCUUUUAUAUUUUAUUUAACCAAUCCAACUAUGGAGAAAUUAUUCCCAUUUUAUAUUGAACAAAUAUUAAAAGUUAAAAUACUGCAAUACUUUUUAAAUAUUUUUCUUACUUUGUACCGUUAAGAAACCUCCAAAACUGUUGUAUUAGUUUUUAUAUUUAAUAAUUUUACCAAAUACUUUUAAGUUUCCUGUAAAAGGACCUUUCUUUUUCCACCUACAAUACAAAAGGAAUAGAAUCCCCCUAUAACUAUGUAAGUAGCUCUGCCCAGUCGAGUCUAUAACUUUCGCUCUACGUGACAUCUAAUGAAUAUUAAUUGAGAAUAAUUGUACGAUAAAAACUAUAAAAGCCCUCAAACAUAUAAAUGUUUAAAAAACACACACUCACACAAAGGAAAGAACUUAAACUGCCCUGAAUAAAUUAAUUAAAACAUGAAAAAUUGUCACGUGAUAAUUGUUGAAAUAAAAAACGGAAUACUUUAAAAGGCAUAAAGAAACUAGAUUUUAAUUAAGGUAGACAGGUAAAAUGACAAAACCAAAAUAAAGCCAAAACGAAAACAAGCGUUUAAUUCCAAGUAAUAAGAAUAAUUAAAAUAAACAAUUGUUAGUGGUUUUAUUAGUUAUUAUAUCGAUAAAAUACAAUACGAAUACAUUGUACUAUUGUUGGCAAAUUGUCAAGCAAAACCAGGCGUAUAUACAUACAUAUAUAUACAUGCAUAUGUAUAUAAUGUACGAUAUACAAUAUAUAGGGUAUAUUUUUUGCACAUAGAUUUACCUAGUCCAUAAUUGAAUAAAGAACUUCCCCCCAUGAAUUCCACAAAUUGUGGCAGGAAUUUUAGAAAGGCGAAACCAAAAUCGAUAAUCCCCAGAGAAAUUGUAAAUUGAAACCUACAAAUGGUUCUAGUAUUUAAGUCUAUAAGA